UCAAAUCAGUAUUAAAUCAACCAAACUUUUGGCUUCGAAUCACUGGUACUCACUGGUAGUCAGGGAAAGCAAAUGACUUGUCAGUGGAAAUUGUAAUUAUGAGUUUUGGGAAUUGCGUAUCCCGUAUCCCGUAUCUCUUUGUAUCUGGGCCUCGGCCCACGCAGCUGCUGAUAAAAAAUGUUAAAUUCUUAUUUUGCUUGGCCAUCAAACGAUGCCAAAAAGUUUAAAUUAGUUAAAGAACUUCAUUAGCUGAACCGUCGAAAGAGAUUGACGUCCGCGGGAGCAAUGGGAGCAGCAAACAGCCAACAGCCAACAGACAGCCGGCAGCCAGCAGUCAGCAGCGCGCAAGCACAGCGAAAAAGCCAAGUUGUGGAAAAUUAUGAAAAUUAUAAUUACCGGCUUAGCUGGGUCGGCUGGCAAGUGCCUGGGCCUGCGUCUGCGUCUGCAUCUGGACCGAAAGACUCAAAGCCAGCAGCCAACUUCCAGAUAUUAUCGGCAAAGCCAGUAGCUGUUUAUUUUCCAAGGCAUUUCAACACAGUGGCAGCUGCUCCGCGCUGAUGCUGUGGAGCAUUGACUGAGAGUCUGUUUUAUGGCCUGUCGCAGCCAACACAAAUCAAUUAGAUAAUGUGGCAGCAGCAGCAACAGCAGCAACAGCAGCAGCAGCAUUCGCAAUCGCAGAUCGCUGGUCCAUGCAUAUUUAUAAAUGUCGCAGAGUGCAUUUAAAUCAAAAACAAAGAAAAAGGCAAGACAGACUAUCAUGGAUCAGGUCUAGGCCUAAGCCAGGGAAGACGCAUGCAUAUUUAAACGGUCGAGGCAUUUUAAUGACCAUCGAAUGGCAUCGAAAUCAACGGCAAGGUCACACCGAAACCAGGCGUUCCCCUCGUUUUGUGUUGUGGGAGGGGGAUGAGUGUCAAACGUCCCAAUGCAUGCAUGGAUCUGAUCUCUCUGCCGCUCUCAACGUGUGGCUUGUGCCUAUAAAAGCCAGACUUUGUCGAACUUCAAGCAUUAGUUCCUCUUGUCACCUCCAAGACCAAGCCACCAGCCCAGCCCAGCCACAAUGCGCGUCUUCAUUCUUCUGUGCCUUUUGGCUGCCAGCUGCAGUGCCGAUAAGCUGGGCUACAACUACCAGCCCGUGGCCCAUGCCGAUGAGGGCCUCUCCUUCCUUCCAGGCAGCGGACAGAUUCCCAUCGAGAUCCAGCAGCAGCUGCAGCAGGUGCAGAGUGGAGAGGCUGUGCUCUCGCAGCCCAUCGCAGCACCCAUCCAGGCGCCAAUCAUUCCCCAGGCUGCCCCUCUGGUCGAGGAGUUCCAGAAGGAGUUCUACAGCUACGCGGCGCCCGAGGAGCAGUUCGAUGAGGGUGUCAACAACCAGCAGAUUGCCAGCUCGCUGAAGAAGAACCUGCGCGUCGUCUUCAUCCGCACACCCGAGAACCAGGGCUUCGAGCAGGCCGCCCUGCAGCUGGCCAAGCAGUCCGCCCAGCAGGAGACCGCCAUCUAUGUGCUGACCAAGCAGGCCGACGUGGCCAACUUGGCCAAGCAGCUGAAUGCCCUCAAGUCCACAUCCACCAAUAAGCCCGAGGUGCACUUCGUCAAGUACCGCACUCCCGAGGAUGCGGCCAACGCCCAGCUUGCCAUCCAGAACCAGUACAACCAGCUGCCAGGCGUGUCCCGCAUCUCCAAUGAGGGUCGUGCUCCAGUGUUGAACUUUGCCUCACCAGCGGCAGCCCAAUCAGUACCCGCCAGCCUGUCGCGCGCUCCCAGCUCCGAGUAUCUUCCCGCCAAUGUGGUGGCUGGCCAGGAUUAUCUGCCACCCACUCUGCGUCGCUUCCGCGUCAAGUGAGUGCCGUAUACGAGCUACCACUACACGGUAACGUUUCCUAAACGAUCACAUUACCCCACAUCUUACAUCUAUUGCAACUAAUUAGCUUUUAAGUAUCCAUACGAGUGUCUAGGAAUAAAAUUUGUUA